CAUUGACAAAAUAUUUUCAAUAAAUCAUAUUAUUAAAUGAGGUUUUCAAUACAUUCACAGGGUAUCUUGGUCCAUCACUCUUGCCUCGCCUCCUCUCAGCUGCGGAAGGGUUGGUGUGGUUUAUGGGAUACACUGAUUUCGUGACUUUAUUUUUCGCCAUCAUCGUUUGGUGUACUGCUUACGUUACUGUUGCACUUCUUGCUUCUCUUCGUGCCGUCAAUCAUCUCUGUACUUCCUGAAACAAACAACUCAUUGCAAUGGGUUAUGCUCAGCUUGUUAUUGGUCCUGCUGGUAGUGGCAAGUCUACAUAUUGCUCAAGUUUGUACCAACACUGUGAAACUGUGCGACGAUCAAUCCAUGUCAUGAAUCUUGAUCCUGCUGCUGAAAAUUUUGACUAUCCUGUUGCAAUGGAUGUAAGGGAACUCAUUUCUCUGGAUGAUGUUAUGGAGGAGCUUGGAUUAGGUCCUAAUGGUGGUCUUGUAUACUGCAUGGAACACCUUGAAGACAGCCUAAAUGGUUGGCUCGAUGAGGAGCUGGACAAUUAUUUAGAUGAUGAGUACUUGGUUUUUGAUUGCCCUGGGCAGAUAGAACUUUAUUCACAUGUGCCGGUAUUCCGGAACUUUGUUGAACAUUUGAAACGAAGAAAUUUUAAUGUCUGUGUUGUGUACUUGCUUGAUUCACAGUUCAUGGUAGAUGUGACCAAAUUUAUAAGUGGAUGCAUGGCUUCCCUUUCUGCAAUGGUUCAACUUGAACUCCCUCAUGUCAAUAUCCUCUCAAAAAUGGACCUUGUGACUAACAAAAAGGAUCUUGAAGAAUUCUUGGAUCCAGAACCCACCUUUCUACUAUCUGAAUUGAAUAAACGGAUGGCUCCUCAGUAUGCAAAGUUGAAUAAAUCUUUGAUUGAACUGGUAAGUAGUUAUAGCAUGGUGAGUUUUAUACCACUGGACUUGAGGAAGGAUAAAAGCAUACAAUAUGUAUUGGCUCAAAUCGACAACUGCAUUCAGUAUGGAGAAGAUGCAGAUGUGAAGGUUAGGGAUUUUGAUGAAGAUGAAGAUGAGUAGCUUAUUCCCUUCUGCAGCAAUGUUUGGCAUGAUUGAAAGUUCAGCCUUCACAAUGACUUAAUGGUUAUCAAACUCAAAUUGUUAAUAAUCUACAUAAUAGUUUUUCGUUAGAAUGUUCAGUGUGGAUUGGGGACCUUGAUGAUUUAUAAAAUUUAGCCUCCUAAUGGGGAGAUGAUUUUGGGUAGGGUUAGUCAAUACUUCGCUGUCACUGCUUGCUUGGUUUCAACAACAUGAACGUAUUUAGACCUCGUUACUUUGGUUACUAAUUGCGAUAGCGAAUUCUGAAAUCUUCGGAUCCAAGAUUGAAUGUUUUUGAAAAUUUGUUGAAGUGGGAUAUUGAUUGUUUUUUAUCCAAAGAGCUGGAGCGGAGUAAGGUAGUGUUAAAUACAUAAAUUUGUUGAGGAGAUUCACUUAUGUUUGUGGCUUUGCUGAAAGCCUGGAAGUUGUUGGGAAAUUAUCACAACUUCACUGUGGUUCUUAAAAUCAACAGGCUAUAUCUUUGGUACACAUUAACCAACUGAAACUUUUAUAUUAUCCGGAUUUUCUUUCUGAUUUUAAUAAAUUAGUGCUGGUAUUAUGGA